GUCAAUAAACACCAAAAGAAUUAAGCUAAAUGUGAUGCUAGCAGCAUUAGCUUUCUUUCGUUCUGCUUGAAGCCAUCCUAGGGAGUCAGGCCAUCUGUGAGCUGAACAUGUGAGUGUUUGCAGUAAAAAUAUCUCCAGUCUGGAUUCAACACGAGGUUUUAAACGAGCUGCUGCUGAAGAAACAUUCACAGAGUUUAAAGAAAUCUUCAAGUCUGAGGAGGAGAUGGAUGAUCAGAUACUGGCUUUUACCCCGACACCUCAAAUCAUCUUAUAUCGAAUAGACCACCUACUGGAUCGGUUUUGGAAAGAGGAGGUUUGCUCUGACCAGCAACUCUGUAAACCUGAGACAGGUCCCAGUUUGGACCAGGAGGAACCAGAACCUCUGCAGCUGAAAGACAAGCAGCAAAAGCCAGAACAUCCCUGGACUAAAGAGGAACCAUUGGAGCUCUGCAUAGGUGAACAUAAAGAGCAUCUUGAGCUGAAGCAGGAGACUGAAGAUUCAUUAAUGUUGACUCCUAAUCAUGAAGAAAAGAACCACAUUCAACCAGAACCAAUCAGUAACCAAGUGCUCUCUCAGAUCUUUAAAAAAGAUUCCUUUAUUCCAAAGAAAAACUUGACUCAAGACUUGAAAAGUCAUACAGGUGAGAAACGUUUUCCGUGUCGGACAUGUGGAAAAAGUUUUUCUAAAAAAAGAGAUUUAACAGAUCACAUGAGGAUUCAUUCAGGUGAGAGACCUUUCAAAUGUUGGCUCUGUAGAAACAGUUUCACUACAAAAGUUGUUCUGGACUCUCAUGUCAGAACCCACACAGGGGUGAAGCGAUUUUCUUGUGCCGUUUGUGGCAAAGGUUUUAGUCGAAAUUAUACUAUGAAUUAUCACAUGAGGCGCCACAAAAAUGAAAGGCCUUUUCCCUGGAAUACCUGUGAGAAAACGUACACAUCAAAAGAUCCAUUGAGCGAUAAUACAGUUGAGAAUCCCUUUUUGUGUGGGAUCUGUGGAAAAGCUUUCCAAGAAAGCAAUAGCUUAAGAACUCACCUGAUGACUCACACAAAAGAGACACCGUUUCAGUGCAGAACAUGUGGAAAAAGUUACAAAGAAAAAGUACAUUUCACAAUUCACAUGAAAACUCAUACAGAUGGGAAGCUUUGUUCUUUCUGUGGAAAAACUUUCACAACCAAGUCUAAUUUUGAAAGACACGUCAGAAUUCACACUAGUGAGAAGCCUUUCUCUUGUACAAUUUGUGGCAAAGGCUUUAUUCAAAAAGAGCAUUUGGCUUAUCACAUGACGCAUCACACAGAUGAUAGGCCUUUUCCCUGUAAUAUCUGUGAAAAAUCUUUUAAAAGAAAGGAUGCAUUGAAAAGACACAUGAGAAUUCACACAGGUGAGAAACCCUUUUUGUGCAAGACCUGUGGAAGAGCAUUCAUCCACCAUAACAGCUUUAAAGCUCAUUUGCUAACUCACAAAUGAGAACCCUUUACAUUGUGUGAUGUGUGGAUAAGGUUAUGAGAAAAACAUAUUGAUACUUGGCAUGAGGCACAAAUGCUUAGGGGCAUUUGUCAGAAUGUUUCUCUUUAUUUGGUGGUAGAAAAUGAAAUCAAAGACAACAGAUUUUAUUUGAUAUUAAAAUCCAAGUAUAAAGGAUAAUAAAUGAAUGAAUAAUAAAGAAGUACGACUCAUGCCAUGGUGUCCUGUUAAUGCAGUACUUGUUUCUGUGCAGUUUUCACAUGCUAUCUCAACCAGAUUUUAUCACAAAGCUCUAUUUAGCACCAAGCUAACUGUCAUAACAAAAACAUGACAAUCUUGUUCAUAAACAAUGGUGUCAGGACUUUUCAUUUUGAUGACAUUGACACUUUCAUUGAUAUGAAUACUUGCUUUUAAGGAAGAAGCUUUUAAUUGUUAGCAAGUCGCUCACUCCUACAGGUUAUCAACUGUGUUUUGUAUUUAUUCUUUUAAGAAAUGUAGUUGUUUUUGUGCUAAUGUUAAUGUAUGAAAUGCACAAAAGUGACAGGAAAAACUGUAGAACUAAAAAUCCUCAGGCUUCUCACUAGUUUAUAAGUUAUUUUAGACUAAUAGACUGCUUUUCAAAAUUAAACAUCUUUGUCAGAUGACAGAAUUAAGAUUGCAGAUAGAUACAAUAGUAAAAGUGUAUGUAAAACUUGAUGCAUUUGACUGCUUUGUUAAUAUCUACAUUGAUUUAAAAUAAUAAAAUUAAAGAAGAAACAUUUUUGUUUAAUAUAUUUCCAGAAAAUGAAAGCAGAGUUAAGCUACAGGUACCAUCAAUUUUGUCCAGACCUGUUUCAUUAAUUAGUUUUUUCAAAUGAUUUUGUUGAUCCACAGUUCAAAAGCAAUAUCUAGUUUUCAUUUUUUCAUUUUCAAUAAAUUUUUAUUUAUCAUUUCUGUUGUCCAUUUCAACUUAUUUCAGCUUCCCAGUUAUAAACAGAAGGUAGAUAACCAAGAAUGUUAUCUACAAUUAAUUUACUGUGUGAUUUUUGUUACUGGAUGUGAGAGAAAUAAAAUCUGGGUUAAGAAAAAGUUGAAACCAGAAGUUUACAUACACUAAGUAAAAAAAAAACGUUUCUUCUCAUUGAAGUUAAAUAAAACCUAACUUCUCUUGUUUUAGGUCAGAAUUAUCAAACAAAUUUGAGUACUGUGGAGAUGAGGGGACAAUAUAUCAUCUUAUAUAACACUGUUAGAAACAAAGAAUUGAUCUAAACAGAAUUAUAAUAAAACUUAUUUACUUUAAAAUGAUUCAGAAACGUUUUCUGGCAAUAUUUGAUUAUCUUCGAUCAAAGUGACGUUGCUGUUCACCCUCCAGACCAUUCGGUGGCUCUAAUUAUCUCAUUCGUUGUUUCUCAACCGCCAAUAAAUACCAAGAAGAAGAAUGUUGCUGUACACUCUUGUAAGGUAGGUGGCGAUAUUCACUUUGAAAUCCGCUAUAAUAUAAAAGAAGAAGAAGAAGAAUGUGUUGCUAGUAGGGUUAGCUUCUCUUCUACUUGAAGUCAUUCUGGAGAGUCUGAUCAUCUGUUGGCUGAAUAUGUGAGUGUUUGCAGUAAACAUGUCUUCAGUGCAGCUUCAAUGAAAGAUUAUCAACGAGCAGUUAACUCCUGCUGAAGAAAGAUUCAGAGUUUAAAGGGAUAAUCAAGACCGAGAAAGAGAUGGAUGAUCAGCGCAGACUGCUGGAUUUCACUAGGACACCGAAAAGACCUCAAACAGGAACAUGUUUGGAAGGAGGAGGCGCUCGCCGACCAGCGGAGGAACUCUAGUUUUGACGAAAGUGAGCUGGAACAUUUUCAGAUAAAGGAAGAAGAUAAGGAAGCCUGUAUUAGCCAGGAUGAAGAGGAGCUUGGGCAGAAGCAGGAGACUGAAACCUUAAUGGUGACUCCGACUCAUGAAGAAUUUCACACUGAGUCAGAAGCAAACUGGAACCAACUCAACUUUCCUCCUGAAACUGAGAAUGAAACAGGAAAAAAGCAAUCCCAAAGUCUCAGAAGUAAUGAUGGAUGAAGAGCAAAUACAUUGGAAAACUAGACACCAUAAUGACACAAGAAGUUCACCAGAAAAAGGGCGCACAGAAACUCAUAGCGAUAAGAAACUUUACUUUUGUGAAAUGUGUGAUAAAGGUUUUUCUUUAAAUAAAAACUUGAUCGCGCACCUGAGAAUUCACACAGGGUGGAGAGGCCUUUCUCAUGUAAAACCUGUGGCAAAUGUUUCACCAAAAAAUCCAAUUUAACUCACCUCUUAAAAGCUCACACAGGCAAGAAGCCUUUUUCAUGUGACGCAUGUAAAAAGACAUUCAGUCUAAAAAGAGAUCUGGUCAAACACAUGAGAAUUCACAAGGACGAGAAGCCUUUCCUGUGCAUGACCUGUGGAAAACGUUUCAGGUUGAAAUUUAUUUUAACUGAACACACAAGAACUCACACGGGUGAGAGGCCUUUUCCUUGUGACGCAUGUAAAAAGACAUUCAGCCUUAAAAGAAACAUGGUGAAACACAUGAGAAACCGUGGAAAACAUCUUAAAUCUACAGGUUGUUUUGAUUCAAGUCGGAUAAUGAGAUGAGAGCGCUUUGUCUGGCUGAACAUGUCACAAACAUUUUAAGUCUUUUUGCCUACCAAUGUUGAAAAUAUUGGAGAUUAGUGAGGUUAUUCCUGCUAGCAUUACAGAUUGACAAUUUAACCUAAAUUAAGAGAUUAUGUUUGCUGUGUCAAUGCAUUCUUAUUUAAUAUGUGUCAUUUGAAGGGGCAGUAUGAUAUAAAAUCAACUUUGAGCUUUAGAUCAUAUUAUGUUAGUCCGUCGUCAAAAACAUAUUUGGAGUGUUGCCUUGAUUUUAAAUUUUUUUUUAUGUUUGAGAAAUUGCCCACUCAGCUCCUUCAGACUAGCCAGCAACAAUUAGCAAGCGCCUGGUGGAACUGUGCAUCUGCUGAGGUCAUUACAUGAACUACUUUUCAGUAAAACGCUGCUAAAAACAUUGUUAACGUGUUAAUAGAGGCGUUGUGAUGUGGCGACAUCCUGAAGGCAGAGUUUCAGUUUUUAAAGAGACAGAAGCCUAAUUUCAAGACUUUAAAUUGUGAUGUCAAAUCUCUUUUAAAUCAUAUUUGAUACAUGCAGCAAUCAAGCAACUGAAGACAACAGUUGCUUGAUUGUGAUAUAAAAUGACGCUCUGUGUCCAUUCAAAAGAUUUGUUAUAAAAAAAAUAGACUUCUAGUGUAAUUUGCUCACUAGCUGAUAAAAUGCUUUGAUUCAUCAAAAAUAAAAUGAAGUGAAUUCUACCAA